AUGCCCGGCCUCAACCCCACGCAGCAGGACAUUGACCAUUUUGUGGCUGUCACGCAGGCGAGUCCGGCGGAUGCCGCGCGUUUCCUUGGUGAUGGCGCGACUCUCGAGGGCGCACUCGAGGACUUCUUUGCUGCCCAGGCCGCUGGCGGCCUCGAGGAAGACGACGAAGACGACCUGGACGCCGCCCUCGCCGCGUCUUCCGCUGACGCCAACCCCGGCGGCCCACGUACACUCUCUGGCGCGCCGGCGGAUGCCCUCCCUGCCGGCUGGGGCCGUCCUGCUCGUAACCAGUUUGCGACCAUUGACGGCAUGAACGCUCAAGCUCAUGCCGCGGAAGACUCGGACGACGAGGAGCCUGAACGCCGUGGAAACGAGCUUUACGCUGGUGGCGAGCGCAGCGGCCUCGCUGUCCAGGAGCCUGAUCGCCGCGCCGGCGGUAGCGGCGGAGACGCGCCCCGCGGUGGGCGUGGGCUCGUCGAUGAUAUCCUCAAGCAGGCACGCGAGGCCUCGGAACGUCCCCAGGAGCCCGCUGCCGCCAGCCAGCCCUCGUACCAGUGGGGUUCGGGCAACACGCUCGGCGACGACGAGACUCCCAGCGUCUCGGUCGGCGGCCGCCCUCAGCGCUCCCAGCGCCGCAUCCCCGGCGCGUUCGACAACGAGGAUGACGAUGACGAGGAGGAAGACUCUGACGAGGAGAUGGGCGACGAAGAGCCCGUCGAGCGUCGUCUUACCUUCUGGUCCAACGGCUUCAGCAUCGAGGACGGCCAGCUCUACGCCUACGACGCUCCUGGAUCCCAGGACCUGCUUAACGCUAUCAAGUCGGGCCGUGCCCCCGCCUCGCUCUGGAACGUCCGUUUCGACCAGCCCGUCCAGGUCGUCGUCGAGCAGCGUACCCACGAAGCCUACCAGCCCCCAGCCAAGGCGCCCAUGCGCGCAUUCGAGGGCGGCGGUAACCGUCUUGGAUCUGCGCAGCCCGAGGCUAGCUCGUCCAGUGCUGCUGCUCCAGCUGCUGCCCCUGCUGCAGCCGCGCCUGCCGCUGUGCCCGCGAGCAUCCAGCUCGACCCCUCCAAGCCCGCUGCCAGCGUCCAAGUCCGUCUUGGUGACGGCACUCGCCUCGUCGCGCGUGUCAACCUCGACCACACUGUUGCCGACAUUCGCGGAUUCGUCGCUGCAUCACGCCCAGACCCCCGCCCAUUCGUGCUCCAGACGACGUUCCCCAGCCGCGAGCUGCCCGACAGCGAAACGAUCGAGCAGGCCAAGCUUGCCAACGCGGUCGUGGUCCAGCGCUACACCUAG